AUGGUCGUCGACAGCUCGAACUAUAUAUCCUUCGAAUCUAGGGCAUGGGUGCCCAUUCUGCGUGAAGAUACUUGGAAUAUGCGGCCUGAUCUGAAGGAAAAUACCGACAAUGAGGAGACAGGACAAAGACCCAGUCACUUAACACGGCUUACCACCGUUCCCGUUCGAAUUACAAGACUCCUCAGCAAAGCUCUGAAGAAUUGUUUCUCCUGGCAUCCUCAUUCCUGGACUCAGAAGCUUUUGACCUGGAAGCAAUGGAUUCAAAACUCCCAGCCAAAGUACGAGGCUAAUCCUGCUGCCACCUGGGUUAGGUUUUUUGAGAAGGUUGACCUCGAAUAUCUUGAUUACCCAAAAUACAAAAGCCACCUGCAGUUAGUUACCGCGGACUAUCUCCCAGAUGAUCUUAUUGCUGCUCCUGCGUAUGGACAGGUUGGAGCUAUCAUUGCAGCUGCAGCAGCGACAGGUGCUCAAGUCAAGAUGACUGACGACAAGUCUCUUUAUCCAGUAAUUCUUGGGCGGCAAUUCCAGUUCGACUUCCGGCAGCACCCUACCCUUGGUACUAUCGGUGCAUACGCACACACCCGGACGACCUAA